AAAAACACGAAACUGUAGUUUGAAGAAAAUUGUCAGUACAAUGUCCCCUGAAGUUGUGGGUUGAUGUAGAACUCUGAAUCAUAUUAUAUGAUGUAAUCGGUACGCUUUUAAUCGAUAACCGCUGCGGCUUCUCUCGUCAUCAUUUAUCGGCAAAUACUGCUCUUUCAAAUUUACCGCUGUUUACUCCGCGAGAACAGAGAUUCGCCGGAUAGCCCACCGCUCUUGGCUGUCGCGGAAACACAAAGCAAGGUGCCAAUUGUUCUGCUUUCCAAAAGUUUGCACUGGGUAGCUACAAAGCGUUGUAAAAUGGAGGUGACGGACAUAGGAAACAAAGAAGAGGGGAACGUGUGGCAUCGGAAACCAACAGCAGGAAAGAGUGUUUUAGUGACAGUUGCUCGCACAACUCAGAGGGGCAAGACUGUGCGUUUCCUCCAUGUGACCUUUGACUCCAAAGGAGAUUCCUUUCUGGCUGGAGAUCACCACGGAAACAUCUAUGUCUUUGACAUCAGCAGAAACAGAUUUCGUCUGGUGCAGAAGACAGGACAGGCCUGCACUGCUCUGGCUUUCAGCCUCCACAGGACCACAGAGCUACUUGUGGCGUUGGCUGACUACACUAUCAAGUGCUUUGACAAGGACACAAAGCAGCUGGUCAGUUGGAUGGGAGGUCACGAGGGAGCAGUUUCAUCCAUCUCUGUCCACAGCUCAGGCCGAUAUGCCAUCACCACAUCCUCAGACACGGCACAGCUCUGGGACCUGGACACCUUCCAGAGGAAGAGGAAGCUGAACAUCAGACAGUCUUUUUGCAUAAAGAAGGUGUUUUUUCUGCCUGACAGUAACACCAUACUCAGCUGUUUCAGUGAUGACUCCAUCUUUGCUUGGGAGAGUGACACACUGUUGUGCAAAUACCAGCUCCCUGUUCCUGACUGUUGCCCCCAAAUCUCCUACAAGGCUUUUGCUGUCACUCGUGAUGGAAAGAGACUUGUAGCAGGUGGGCGCUCCAACCUAUUGCACCUGUGGUGUCUGGACAGUAAACAGCUGGUCAGGGUGAUACAGAUGCCCACGCAGGUCCGAACAGUCAGACAGCUGGAAUUUCUACCAGACAGCUUUGACAUAGGAGCCAGCCAGACAAUAGGUGUAUUGAGCCAGUAUGGUGUAAUGCGUUUCAUCAACAUUCACACCUGCAAGCUGCUCUUCCACAUUGGUUCCCAUGAUAAUGCCAUUACCACAGCGGCAGUCAGCCCCAACGGAAGACAUGUUGCGGCUAUCAUGGAUAAUGGCAGCAUCAAUAUCUAUAAUGUCCAGAGUCUCACACAGAAAUUAAACAAGCCUCCUCCCUCCAGGGUGGCAGUAGUUUCAGAUGGUGAUGCUCACCAGGAAUUGUCAAAGGUCACGGUCAGGUCAGAGGUUGUUCAAAGACCAUUCAUGAGCUCAGGUAGGACACGGGUGAAGAUACUUAGACCUCCUGCUGUGCCUACAACUGAUGAUAAAGAGAAUGAACCACCAGCUGGUCUGAAUAAGAGGAGACUGGUGCCUUUGCUCAAGGCCUUUGGAGAAUAUCCUGCUAAAUACAGGAUGUUUGUUUGGCGGGCUUUGCUGUGUCUCCCAGAGAACCAUGCAGCAUACAGCAGUCUGACGGAUAAAGGCCUGCAUCCAGCCUACAUCACCCUGCACGAUAAAUACCCCAUCAAAGGUCACAAGUUACAGAGAGGACUUGAGAGGGUUUUGUCUGCCUUAGGUCACUGGGCAGCCAUCUUUGGAGAGGUGGAGUACCUUCCCCUGGUGGCAUUCCCCUUUGUGAAGCUCUUUGAGAACAACCCAAUGCUCUGCUUCGAGGUGGUGGCAACUGUCAUUGUGAACUGGUGCCAACACUGGUUCGAGUACUUGCCUAACCCUCCUCUGAACAUCCUGAACAUGGCGGAGAACGUACUGGCUCAUCAUGACAAGGAGCUGCUACAACACCUGGUUGACUGUGGCAUUACUUCCCAGCUUUAUGUGUGGCCCCUGCUGGAGACCCUGUUCUCAGAGGUUUUGACUCGAGAGGAGUGGCUCAGACUCUUUGACAACGUUUUCUCAAACCAUCCGUCAUUCCUGAUCAUGGCCUGUGUGGCCUACAUCACCCGCUGCCGUGAGCCACUGCUUCUCUGCUCACAGAAACAGGAUUUUUCGUAUUUUUUUCACCAUCGAAACAAUCUUGAUGUGGGAGCCAUGAUAAGGGAAGCCUACCGGCUGCUGAGUAGCACGCCUGCAGACAUCCAUCCUAAGACUCUGCUGUCCUAUUUCGCACCACUGACCAAAGGCCAGUACCCCGUAUUCAACCACUACCCAGAAUUCAUAGUGGAAUAUCAGAGCCAGGAGAGGGAGAAGAUGCGAUUGCAGGAGAUGGAGUAUCUCUGUGAAAGGCAGGAGGUAUCAGCGCUUCGGACAGAUUUCGUUUGUCUUCAAGCUGAAGAGGAGGCAUAUUACACGCAGCAGGAGCUGCUACAAAAGGCGGAGGAACAGCGCAGAAACAACCUUGCACAAGAAGAGGAAAAACUAACACAGCAGAAGGCAAAGUUGGCAGCCAUGAAGAGAGAGCUGAAGGUGAAGGAGUUACAGCUGCUGGACACGUCCAGAAGACGCUUCCUCAAACACCAGCAGGACCUGAGAGCCUCACAGAUACAAAAAUUAGACCAGGAGAUCAGAAGAAAGAUGGAUCUCCGCGAGCAAGAAUCAGCUGCAGCAGUCCAGGAUCUGGAGAUAAAACAGAUGGAGCUAGAGGCUCAGAGGAAAAGACUUGAACAGAUCCUGAAGGAAUGCCUACCGGAGGCUUGCCAGCUGGGCCUGGAGUCAGACUGGCAGAGAGACAUAGUGGACCGUCUGCAGCAGGUCAAUGCUGAGAAGGAGAGGAAGAGGGAGAGGCUGGCAGAGCGUCACAGGCAAACCCUGGCAGAGGAGGAGAGACUGGCUGACACCAUGAGAGAUGUGGCAGGAAGGAAGUGGGAGGAAGUGACGAGUGCAAGAGCCCAGUUACAGGAGCAGCGAAAGGCCUGGUCUUCAGCAGACGCAGAUGACCAGAGACAUACGAGGACGAGGUCACCAGGUUUUAUCAGAGGACUUCCACUUAGAACCAGCAACACCACUGCUCUUCAUGUUGAAAUCAACGGAGCUGGUCAGGCCCUCAAACUCAACACCACCACUACUCAAGGAACUGACAUGGUGUGUCUGAACAGCAACUCACCUUCAGAGAGCACUUCUACCAACUUCUCCUUGGACAGAGGCCAGGCCCAAUUGGACAGCAGUGAGAGAGAACUGCUAAAGGAAAUCAGAGACCUGAUAGAGAAGCUAGCGGCCAGAGUCAGAGAUGGCAGCUCUGCCGCUUCACAGUCUGUCCACACACUGUCCUCUGUCUCCCAGUGACUGCAAAAUGCUCUGCAUCUGUAUUAUGCCUGAAAAACAUAUUCUCAUUUCAAGCGAACUGGCAACACAGAAACAGUGAAUCAAGCUCUGACUUUAUUAUCACACCGCCUUCUAUUUAAUGUUAUAUUACAUAUAUUCAGGGUUUUCAUUUAAGCAUUGAUUUACAUGGAUAUUGACUCACAAAGUUUUGUCUAUUACAUUUUUAUAUGUGCUGGUAAUCCAUUUUGGAUUUUAAUAAAACGUUUUCAUAUCAUU